AGUGCGCUGUCAUUGGGACCUCGAAUCGUAAUCACUUGGCUUUAGCUCGACCCUGCCUAUAGAUGCAGUAAUCCUCUGUGUCCUAGCAGCAUCCCUCCUGAGUCCACCCUGCCACCCACGCCCAAGGCCAUCAUACAGCGGCGCGUCCUCCACACGUUGGGCGGUAAAAUAUUCUUAAACUUCUGUGAUAACGACGAUGAUGGAAGUAGCUGGAGAGUGACAGUGAACAUGAAAACAUGGACAUUGCGCACGUGGUCGGUUUGACUAUGUCUAUCAUAAGGUGAUUAGUGGACAGGCAGUCUAGAAGUUAGUUUUGAGCGCGCAACUGUGGAUUGCAGACACUCUUCCGUCCUGUUUUCUGGAGUUUUGGUUGCCACAUGAAGCGGAAUAAACCCUGAAAAAGAAGACAUGGAUUUUUCACGAAAGUUUUAUCUGCUACUUCCCCUGGAAUCCGUGCAAUUUAACUAUGAAAAUAAUGCUUCAUGUCUCAGAGUUUCAUUGCUGUAAGUAAACUCUAGUACAGAAGAAUCAGGAUGAAAAGAUGGCAGCCAUGCUGUUACCAACGGGUCCUGAUGGCUUGCGGCUGUUUACUCGUGAAUCCUUGGCUGCCCUGGAGCAGCGGAUUGCAGGGGAGCAGGCCAAGAAUGCCAAGGUUUGCAGGGAGACUCACAAGAACGUGGACUCAUCCAAACCCAGGGCCGACUUGGAGGCAGGCAAGCAGCUGCCCCGCAUCUUUGGGGACAUCCCAUCAGAGCUUGUUGGGGUGCCACUGGAAGACAUCGACCCAUUUUAUUUCAAGAACAAGAGGACUUUUAUAGUACUUAACAAAGGGAAGGCUAUCUUCAGAUUCAGUGCCACAUCUGCUCUGUACAUAUUCAGCCCCUUCCACUUCAUCAGAUCGAUCGCCAUCAAAAUUUUAGUCCAUGCCUUGUUCAGCUUAUUCAUAAUGGUCACAAUUCUGACUAAUUGUUUUUUCAUGGCGAUGUCCGACCCAGCUCCAUGGACCAAGCACCUAGAAUAUACUUUCACGGCCAUUUAUACUUUUGAGUCAGCAAUAAAGAUAUUUGCUCGAGGAUUCUGUAUAGUUCCUUUUACCUUUCUGAGGGAUCCAUGGAAUUGGCUGGACUUCAGUGUCAUUGUCAUGGCAUAUGUGACAGAAUUUAUAGACCUUGGAAAUGUCUCUGCAUUACGGACCUUCAGAGUGCUAAGAGCCCUGAAAACCAUCUCAGUUAUACCAGGUCUCAAGACCAUUGUAGGAGCUCUGAUCCAGUCUGUGAAGAAACUAGCAGAUGUGAUGAUCCUAACCGUCUUUUGCCUCAGCGUGUUUGCCCUUAUUGGUCUGCAGCUUUUUAUGGGACUGUUGCGUCAAAAAUGUGUCCGCAGCCUCACGCAGUGCGUCAACUCUUCCUAUAGUCCGAAUAUGUCUUUCACCUGUAACAACAGAACCUGGAACUCCAUGGAAGACUUUCUCACCAGUGACGAUAAUUUUUACAAAGUUGAAGGAGCAAAGGAUGCUUUAAUAUGUGGAUAUGGCAGUGAUGCAGGGAAGUGUCCAGAAGGAUUUGACUGCCUAAAGGUCGGAAGAAAUCCAAACUAUGGCUACACCAGUUUUGAUACUUUCGGUUGGGCUUUUCUGGCACUCUUUCGUCUCAUGACCCAAGACUACUGGGAAAAACUGUUCCACCAGACUCUGCGCUCAGCUGGCAAGACGUACAUGGUGUUCUUUGUAUUGGUUAUCUUCCUGGGGUCCUUCUACCUGGUCAAUCUGAUUUUGGCCGUUGUUGCCAUGGCUUAUGAGGAGCAGAAUCAGGCAACUAUUGCUGAGGCCUGGCAGAAGGAGAGGGAGUUUCAGAUGGCCAUGGAGCAUCUUCGUCGGGAGCAAAGAAUGGCGGCAAAAAGGCAAGCACAGGAGUCUGACUCCAUCUUGUCCCCGGAGUUGUCUCCAUUCCGUGCAAAGUUUGGAAGUAUUAGGCGAUGCAGCACUAAAAGGAGAAGAUCUCACAGGACUUUAUCAGAGGAAACAGCAGAAGAAGCUGAAGAUAAGCUUGACCCACUAGAUGAGCUAAAGCCUCCUUUGUCUCCCAUACCAGCCCACCCCCUUCUGGCCACACUCUCUUCUCAUCCGCUCAGCACUAGGCGAGGAAGCCAAAUCAGCAUUUUCAGCUCAUUUAGGGUGCGCAACAACUCAGACGCUGACUUCGGGGACGACGAGUACAGCAUCCAGGGGGAUGCGUUCAGAAGCCGCGCCAGUUCAACCGCAACACACUGGAAGAGAAGGACGGGCAGUGUGAGGAGCCACUGCUCCCAGGUCUUCACCCCCAGUCUCACAGUAAAUGGGCGGCUCAACAUUUCCCUUGACCAUAAUGGAGUCACUCCAGUGGGGCCCCACAACCUGAACUCUCUGCCAGCUUAUAGCAUGGAGCAGAUCAAAGAGGACACGAAGCCCACGAAUGAAGGGGAAAAUGUUCAAAGGCUUCUUCUUCAGCCAUCCCCAACAGUGACUGAGCAACAUCCUGUGCGCAGAAAACGAGGACUGAGCUCCGUCAGCUUUUUCAGCGACGCCAUGGACGAGCUGGAGGAGUCCAGACAAAAGUGCCACCCCUGUUGGUACACCUUUGCCAAAAAGUACCUGAUAUGGGACUGCUGCAUAUGGUGGCUGAAACUGAAGGAGUGGGUGAAGAUGAUGGUGAUGGAUCCUUUCCUCGAUCUUGGUAUCACCAUAUGUAUUGUCUUGAACACUCUCUUCAUGGCCCUGGAACACUACCCCAUGACUGAGGAGUUCAACACCAUGCUCUCAGUGGGAAAUCUGGUGUUCACAGGGAUCUUUACUGCAGAGAUGAUCCUGAAGCUGAUUGCCAUGGACCCUUACUAUUAUUUCCAACAGGGCUGGAACAUUUUUGAUGGCAUCAUUGUUUGCCUUAGUCUGAUGGAGCUUGGGCUCUCCAAUGUUGAGGGGCUAUCUGUUCUUCGCUCCUUCAGACUGUUGCGUGUCUUCAAACUGGCCAAGUCUUGGCCGACCCUCAACACUCUAAUAAAAAUCAUUGGCAACUCAGUCGGCGCUCUGGGAAACUUAACACUGGUGUUGGCCAUCAUCGUCUUCAUCUUCGCUGUAGUGGGCAUGCAGUUGUUUGGCAAGAACUACCAGGACUGUGUGUGCAAGAUCUCUCAUGACUGUCAGCUUCCUCGCUGGCACAUGAAGGACUUCUUUCACUCCUUCCUGAUUGUGUUCAGGGUGCUGUGUGGAGAGUGGAUUGAGACCAUGUGGGAUUGUAUGGAAGUAGCAGGGCAACCUCUCUGCAUUCUGGUGUUCAUGCUGGUCAUGGUCAUUGGAAACUUAGUGGUACUGAAUCUUUUCCUUGCCCUGCUACUCAGCUCUUUCAGCUCUGACAACCUCUCAGCUCCAGAUGAGGAUGGUGAUUUGAAUAACAUCCAACUUGCUAUCGCUCGCAUCCACUCUGGUCUUUCUUGGCUUGCCACAAAUAUCAUCCACCUCUUCAACCACACUUUGAACUGCAGACGGAAAAACCCUCAAGAGAACUGUAAGGCCUUCAAGCUGGUUGGGAAUCACCUGGAAAGUAACGGUGGAAUUUACAGACUCUAUGGAGAAAAGUACAUUAUCCCAGAAGAGGACAGCUACAUGACUAACCCAAACUUGACAAUUAUUGUUCCAAUCGCACCCGGAGAAUCGGAUGUGGAGUUAAUGGAGGAGGAGGAUGUGUCUGAGUCAUCAGAGGAUGAAGACCACAAAGAGCAGAUAAGCCUUUCAGAAGGCAGCACAGUUGAUCUGAGGAAGCCUGGUGAAGAGCUGGACAAUUUAUCUGAUCUAGCUGAAGAGUGCAUGGAGCCAGAAGAAUGCUUUCCAGAAUUGUGUGUGAAGCACUGCCCGUGCUGUGAAAUUGACAUCAGCCAAGGUCUGGGCCAGGUUUGGUGGAGACUAAGAAAGACCUGCUACCAGAUUGUGGAACACAGCUGGUUUGAGACCUUCAUUAUUUUCAUGAUCCUCCUCAGCAGUGGUGCUCUGGCUUUUGAGGAUAUCUACAUCGAGAAGAGAAAAGUCAUAAAAGUGAUGCUGGAGUAUUCAGACAAGGUUUUCUCCUACAUCUUUGUGCUGGAGAUGUUCCUUAAAUGGAUCGCAUAUGGCUUUAAGAAGUAUUUCACCAAUUACUGGUGCUGGCUCGACUUUCUCAUUGUGGAUAUUGCUACUGACCGAUCUAUUGUUAGGGUGUCUCUGAUAAGCCUGGUGGCAAACUCACUGGGUUAUUCUGAUUUUGCUGCAAUCAAAUCACUGAGGACUCUCCGGGCUUUGCGGCCGCUCAGAGCUCUAUCCAGAUUUGAAGGCAUGCGGGUGGUGGUGAAUGCUCUAAUUGGAGCCAUCCCCUCCAUCAUGAAUGUGCUGCUUGUGUGCCUCAUCUUCUGGCUUAUCUUCAGCAUCAUGGGAGUCAACCUCUUUGCGGGCAAGUUUGGAAAGUGUGUGAACAGAACGGGCUUCACACACAGUUUCCUGGUAGUCAACAAUAAAUCAGACUGUCUGGCCAUGAAUGACACUCAGUACUACUGGACAAAAGUGAAAGUCAACUUUGACAACGUUGGGCUGGGGUACCUUUCCCUUCUACAAGUGGCAACAUUUAAAGGUUGGAUGGAAAUAAUGCAUGCAGCUGUUGAUUCAAGAGGAGUAGAAGAGCAACCCAUCAGAGAAAUCAACCUCUACAUGUACCUUUACUUUGUUGUCUUCAUCAUAUUCGGCUCCUUCUUCACCCUCAACCUCUUCAUCGGUGUCAUUAUUGACAAUUUUAAUCAGCAGAAAAGAAAGAUGAGUGGACAAGAUAUUUUUAUGACUGAGGAACAGAAGAAAUACUACAAUGCUAUGAAGAAAUUAGGAAGUAAAAAGCCACAAAAGCCAAUACCACGACCUACGAACGUGCUCCAAGCCUUCUUCUUCGAUCUUGUGUCCAAGCAAGCUUUCGACAUCAUGAUCAUGAUGCUGAUCAUCGUCAACAUGUUAACAAUGAUGGUGGAGACGGACGAGCAGUCUGACCGCAUGGAGUCCAUUCUCAAUAAGAUUAAUUUGGUCUUCAUUGUGAUCUUUACGGCGGAAUGCCUGAUCAAGAUUUUUGCCCUCCGUUGUUAUUUCUUCACAGUUGCAUGGAAUAUCUUUGAUUUUGUGGUGAUUAUUCUCUCAAUCGUGGGGAUUGUUCUUGCUGACAUCAUUGAAAAGUAUUUUGUAUCUCCAACCUUGUUUCGUGUCAUCCGUCUGGCAAGGAUAGGACGUGUACUUCGACUUAUACGUGCUGCCAAAGGAAUAAGGACUUUACUGUUUGCCUUAAUGAUGUCCAUGCCAGCCCUGUUUAACAUUGGCCUGCUGCUUUUCCUCGUCAUGUUCAUCUAUGCUAUCUUUGGCAUGGCAAACUUUGCCUAUGUGAAAAAACAAGAUGGAAUUGAUGACAUGUUCAACUUUGAGACCUUUGGGAAUAGUAUGAUCUGCCUUUUCCAGAUCAGUACUUCAGCCGGCUGGGACAACCUUCUUAGCCCAAUAAUGUCCAGCUCACCAGAUGAGUGUAAUGUUAAUUUUGUCAAUACUGGCACAAAUACUCGGGGUAACUGUGGAAACCCCUCAGUGGGCAUAGCUUUCUUUGUGAGCUACAUAAUAAUCUCUUUUCUCAUUGUGGUAAAUAUGUACAUCGCUAUCAUUCUGGAGAACUUCAGUGUCGCUACAGAGGAGAGUACAGAUCCAUUGAGUGAAGAUGAUUUUGAAAUGUUUUACGAAGUCUGGGAAAAGUUUGAUUCAGAGGCCACACAGUUCAUCGAGUUCUCCAUGCUGUCGAGUUUUGCGGACACUUUGUCGGAGCCGCUUCGCAUCGCCAAGCCUAACAAGAUCAAACUGAUCGCGAUGGACCUCCCCAUGGUCAGUGGCGAUAGAAUCCACUGCCUGGAUAUCUUGUUUGCCUUCACAAAGCGGGUCCUAGGUGAGUCGGGGGAGAUGGAUGCCCUCAAACAACAAAUGGAGGAAAAAUUCAUGAUGACCAAUCCCUCCAAGAUUUCUCACGAGCCCAUCACUUCCACGCUGCGACACAAACUGGAGGAAGUGUCGGCCAUCAUCAUUCAGAGGUGUUACAGGAGGCAUUUGGUGUGCCGGCAGAUGAAGCAGGCUUCUUACCUCUACAGACAAAUCACUUAUGAGACUGUAGUAGAUGUGGAAAAUGCUCCAGAGACUGAGGGGCUGAUAGCAACUAUGAUCCAUCAUUAUGGGCCUGUGGGAGGCGAGUUUGCAGAGACAACCGAGGGCUCUAUAAUGUCCUCACCGCCGUCUUAUGACAGCGUGACCAGGGCAGCAAGUGACCUCUCGGAUGUCAUCAGAUUAUUAGCCAGAGACUCUGAACAUGGGGUUCCUCAUGAAAACUAUGACGAAACUUUUCUUUGAGAUCAGUUUGUAUGGAGUAUGUUUGGUUUUUUUUUCUGAUGAAAUAUGCUUUGAGCAAAUCACAGUCAAAAAGAUUUGCCUAUUUUUAUAUAUGCAUGGAGUGUGAGAAAGCAGGAUGAAAAUAUGCCAACUCUACACAGGAAGGCCCAAGAUGCAAUUCAAAACCUUUCAAUUGUAUAGUGGGGGCUCAUUGUAUUACAACGCGUUGUAAAAGUCUUUCAAAGCUACACGUUGGCCACAUUUACUUGAAAAUUACAGGUGGCUGAUUUACAAUUUUUUUCUCCUCAGUUUACAUUGAGAUUACGUUUGCUACUUUGGAUUAGACAUCACAAUUCUUCAUUGAGUGAUGAGGAACAUUCUUCUUAUUCAACCAAAAAGAGGAUAUUAUAUUUUCACAUGUUAAUUUUUUUCUUUAAAUCUGCAGCACACUGCAAGUGAAGUGUGAAGUAAGACACACUCAUAAACAUUAUAAACUGCAAGGGCAGUGGUCUCGGUGAGCAACUUAAUCUGAUUGUAAUAGUUAACAGUUCGUCCCUAAUUAUGAUAUAGUAACUAUCAUUUAAAAAUCUGCCUGGAAACACAAGUAUAACAAGUUAACACAUUAUUAGUCAGUGAAUAAACAAUUUGAAAUUAACCUACCACCGCCAGGCUCCCUCUACUGGCUAACCUGGAACCUACAGGCAAAAAUAAGUCUAUAAUUAAUGAGUGUAUUUAACCCAUUCAUGGACUAUGCUCACCACAGUGGACAGCAAUUUAAAACCCUUAUAAACCCAGUGAAUAUUUUUUCAGCCAUUAAAAAAAAACACACACCCCAAAAAAAUAUUAUGACUAUAUUUUUAAAUUAUUAAUAAUUAUUGUGUUUUUAUAUUAUUUUAUAAUUAUAAAUGAAUUUUUAAAUUAAUACAAUGUUAAUUAAAACUAAAUAAAAUAAAAAUAUACAUACUGGUUACGGCUCCAGGUAACGCUACAAACUUGAUUUUUGUUUUAUUUUUAUUUUAAUAGUAUUUAACACAUUGCAUACCAUUGAUGGCGAUAGAUGUCCAAUUCUUUGACACCAGGAAGACUGACUGUGAAUGCUCAUGUUUCAAUGCCACUGACGGCACUAGACAUCCAAUCCAUUUUGAUUGGGAGGGGCAAAUGAAACCUUAUUCAUUUGCCUUCUACCAGUCAAAAUGGAUUGGACGUCUAGCGCUAUUAAUGGCAGCCAAUGAAUUAAAUGAGUGCCAUGUAAGGGUAAAGCAAGCCAAGUAAAAUAAUUCAAAAACAGGGCUCCAAAGAUCGGUGCAUAUACAUCCCUAGAAUAUACUUUUCAAAUGUCAUUCCCAUCCAUCUAUAAAUAACGGAGGAGUAACAGUUUUAAUUCUGCAAUUAAAUAAUCUAAUGAAUAAGCCUUUUUAAAAAAUUGGCUCCAAGGAUUGUUGCAUGAACACCCCAAAAAUAUACCUACCAGUUUUCAUUCUGAUCCGUCCACAAAUAACAGAGGAGUAUCAAAUUUUUUUAGUGUCCUCCCCAAGAACAAAAAGAAGAAAGUGAGUUUUUGAGACCUCCUGGAGCCCUAAACCAAGCCAAGUGAUAUACUUCUUGCUUUACUGGAUGAAAACCCUGUUUUAAAUUCAUGAAAUGUAUUAUUUACUGUAUGAACUAUUAAUCCAAGAAUCUAUGGAAGUGGUCACAGUGAGGAAUCAGUUACCCUACCUAAUGAAUUUAAUUUUUCUAUGUACAGUAUGAGGUCAGUUUGUGUGCCCAAUUCUUUAAAAAGCUGGCUAUUAUAAUUCUUCAAUCAUGUGCCUGAUUUUAAAUGUUGUCUGCACACUCCUCUGAAUCUCUAGACCAUUUCAUUUGACUGUUGAAUGCAGGUGGAGAUGCAUGAAGAGCUAAUUUUGUAAUAUUAACGAUGCAAAAAAAUGUAAAUAAAAUGAUGUAUCGGUUGCACAUGCAAUACAAUACAUAUUUAAACAUUUUGCAGUUAUAUUUAUAUGUAAAUACAAUGAAAGAAAACUUAAGUGACAUGCAUGGUAGCCAUACAAUGUAUGAUCAAAUUCUAUACACACAUACUGUGCUCAUUUUUAUAUGAAAUAUUUUCCUUGAGAACCUGCUAU